AUGACCGUUUUUGAACAGGUUUUUGGGGUGUUGUGUCAAAUACCAACAUCGUCACCACACCCUCAUGAAAAGAUACCAACAUCGUCACCACACCCUAAUGAAAAGAUACCAAUAUCGUCACCACACCCUAACGAAAAGAUACCAACAUCGUCACCACAUCCUAAUGAAAAGAUACCAACAUUGUCACCACACCCUCAUGAAGAGAUACCAACAUCGUCACCACACCCUAAUGAAAAGAUACCAACAUCGUCACCACAUCCUAAUGAAAAGAUACCAAUAUCGUCACCACAUCCUAAUGAAGAGAUACCAACAUCGUCACCAUACCUUAAUGAAAAGAUACCAAUAUCGUCACCACAUCCUAAUGAAAAGAUACCAACAUCGUCACCACACCCUAAUGAAAAGAUACCAACAUCGUCACCACAUCCUAAUGAAAAGAUACCAACAUUGUCACCACACCCUCAUGAAGAGAUACCAACAUCGUCACCACACCCUAAUGAAAAGAUACCAACAUCGUCACCAAAUCCUAAUGAAAAGAUACCAAUAUCGUCACCACAUCCUAAUGAAGAGAUACCAACAUCGUCACCAUACCUUAAUGAAAAGAUACCAAUAUCGUCACCACAUCCUAAUGAAAAGAUACCAACAUCGUCACCACACCCUAAUGAAAAGAUACCAACAUCGUCACCACACCCUAAUGAAAAUAUACCAACAUCGUCACCACACCUUUAUGACAAUACACCAAAAUCAUCACCACAACCUCAUUAA